AUGCAAUUGUCGAACAGUGCUUCUUGCAUGCCCCGAAAAGCAAGUGCCGCCGUUGUCGCUACAUUAUUCCUCAUCUUCUUGUACCUUUACGGCUCUCCUCGAUUUUCUAGCUCAUUGCGACACGAUGCACCGCUCCCAUUUUCCACCGAGAGACCUUUGGCAUGUCGCCAGUUGCCCGGAGCAGAAGACGUGGUAGUCGUCAUUAAAACCGGCUCUACUGAAUUCCAGGACAAGUUCGUGGUGCACAUCAACACCACACUGACAUGCUAUCCUCGGUCUCUGGUCUUCUCGGACUAUGCGGAAACGUACGAGGGGAUCCAGAUUAUCGACGCUCUAGAGUCGAUCGAUGACAAGAUCAAACAGAACAACCCCGACUUCGACCUUUGGCGUCGGCUCCAGGAUGGCGGUCGCUCAGUGCUACUACCAGAGGAGCUCAGCGGUCCUGUAAGUGCCUCGCAUGCCAGCAAGUAUGGGAACACUGGCAAUCCUGGCUGGAAAUUGGACAAAUGGAAGUUCCUUCCCAUGGCGACCCGAACUUUGCAAGAAUAUCCAGAUGCCAAGUGGUACCUCUUCGUCGAAGUGGAUACCCUGAUCUUCUGGCAGACGUUGCUCAACUACCUACCAGAGCUCAAUUCAGACGACCCAAUCUACAUGGGCAGCAUGAUCAUGUUGCAAACCACACACUUCGCACAUGGAGGGACCGGAUUUGUGCUGUCCCGCCCGGCGCUCGAGAUGAUGGUGGAGAAGUACCAGGCGGAACGAGCUUUCUGGGACCAGUAUGUCGAGAACACUUGGGCCGGAGAUGCUGUGCUUGGUGCUGUAUUACGGGAGGUUGGCGCGCACUUUAUCAACGCCAGAGCAAUUUUCCAGGGCGAAGAGAUCGGCAAUGUACCGUACGAGAGGGAUGACUGGUGGUGCACUCCCACUGUGUCCUAUCAUCACCUUGCGCCUGUCGUUGUUGAGGACAUGUGGCGAUUCGAACAGGCAUGGAUCGCGGGCACAAAAGGUAACUCUUCGAAGAUUUUGCGGCAUCAGGACGUGUUCGACGAGUAUAUCCUGCCUCGUGUUAUGUCACAGCCUAGCACUGGAACAGCCGACUGGACGAACAAUGCUGGCAUGGACCAAGGACCGGUAGAGAGUUUGGAUGCCUGUCGUUCCAUCUGUAUGCAGCAUACGAAGUGUCUCCAAUUCAUGCUCGAUGAGCAAACUCGUUGCAAGACAAGCGAAGUGCCGCGCUUGGGCGAGAUGGCCAAGGGAGUGUCUUCUGGAUGGCUUGUGGAUCGGAUCAAGAGUUGGAGGGAGAGCAAGAGCACGUGCUCGGACCGGAGAAAGUGGAUCGUCGAUAGAAUGCUUUGA